GCGCAUGCUCGGUGGCGGGGCAGGCGGCGAUGGAGGCGCUGGGCUGAUGGCGGUGGAGGCGGCGCUGCGCUGAGGGAGCCUGUCGCGACCCGCCGUCCCGUCCGCCGCGCUGCUAUGGGCAAUGAGGCCAGCCUGGAGGGCGGGGGAGCCGAGGGGAGGCUCCCGCCUGGCCCCGCCGCCGGGCACCCGUCGGCGCUCGGAGCUGCCAAGCCUCCUUCAGCACCAGGCACUGGCGGACAGCUCCCCGGGAGGGCAGCGGCCCCAGCGUCCGACGACAGCACACCAAGAAGACCGACUCAAUCGGAUCUCCCAGUUGGAGAGAGAUCAGCUUCCCCAUCCCUUAAACAGUCUGCCCAGACCCAUGAAAGCACAAGAGAGAUGCUGAGCCAUGGUCACGCCAGCCAACAAACAGAUGGACCUAGGAGGACACUCCAGGUGGACACCAGAAUUCAGAGAUCAGGACGAUCUCCCUCUGUAUCACCAGAUCGAGGCAGCACCCCUACCUCACCUUAUUCUGUCCCACAAAUCGCACCCCUUCCAAGCAGUACACUCUGUCCUAUAUGCAAGACAACAGAACUCACCUCCUCUCCUAAUCAGCCAAACUUCAACACUUGUACACAGUGUCACAACAAGGUCUGCAACCAGUGUGGAUUCAACCCCAACCCCCAUCUCACUGAGAAAAUUCAGAUAAAUGACCAGAUCAAAGAGGAAAGAGAAACCAUAGGAAACAAAGGAAUAAUGACAUGCAGAAGAACAUAGGAUGUCAGCCAGAAGAAAGACCACACAGAGCUAGGAAAUUGUCAUCACACAAGAAUGACAUCAGCCUGAAACUGUCUCCAUCUCUGUUUCGAUAAGCUUGGCAAUAGUGCUCCGUGUACAGAGCUAUCUGUCAAACAAUUCUGAAAUUAGAGACCAAAUGUCA